GGCGGCGGUUGAGUUGCUGGUACUUCCGCGGAGGCACGUGAGCCGAGAGGCGCGGGGACGCUGCGGCUGGCUCUUCGUCUAGACACUGAGGCCUAGAGCAGUCGAGUGAGUCGCCAGGGGCCGCGUGGAUUUGCGUCCCGGGACGCCCUCUCGCCACGUCAGCCGCACCUGGUCGCCCACCUGGGCGCGGCGGGGAGCGGAGGGUUGGAGCCGGGUCCGGGAGUUCUGUAGCCCGGCCUGUCGCGCUCCAGUGCGCGUGGAGCUUGCGGACUGCACUUGCUGCUUCUGGCAGCCGGGCGGCGCUGGAGGGCGAGGCAGGGCACGCUCAGCGGGGACGCAGCAGGCUUCUCCAGGGGAGGGACGUCCUGAGGUGACCGGUUCAGUGGCCUGGUACCCCGGAAAGGCUGGCUGAAAACAGAGUCUUGUUGUCUUCCCCGUGUCUGUGCCAGACAGAACAACCUUUUGUGCCAUUACCACACGCCAGCAUCACUUACUGGAGCGGCUGAGACCCUGAGAUGUGCAAAGGCGUUUUGUCACACGGACCCAAUCCUCUGUGCCCUCCUGAGAACACGCUGAUAUGCCCAAGAUAACUCUGAAUGGUGUGACGGUGGACUUCCCUUUCCAGCCGUACAGAUGCCAGCAGGAGUACAUGACCAAGGUCCUGGAAUGUCUGCAGAAGAAGGUGAAUGGCAUUUUGGAGAGCCCCACGGGCACAGGCAAGACGCUGUGCCUCCUCUGCGCCACGCUGGCCUGGAGGGAGCACCUCCGAGACACCAUCUCUGCCCGCAAGAUUGCCGAGAGAGUGCAAGGGGAACUUUUCCAUGAUCAGGCUUUGUCAUCCUGGGGGAAUGCUGCUGCUGAUGGAGACCCCAUAGCUUGCUAUGCAGACAUUCCAAAGAUCAUUUAUGCCUCCAGGACCCACUCUCAGCUCACGCAGGUCAUCAGCGAGCUUCGGAGCACCUCCUACCGGCCCAAGGUGUGUGUGCUGGGCUCCCGGGAGCAGCUGUGCAUCCACCCUGAGGUGAAGAAGCAGGGGAGCAACCACAUGCAGAUACACCUGUGCCGCAAGAAGGUGGCUAGUCACUCCUGUCAUUUCUACAACAACGUGGAGGAGAAAAGCCUGGAGCAGGAGCUGGCCACCCCCAUCCUGGACAUUGAGGACCUUGUCAAGAGCGGGAGCAAGCACAAAGUGUGCCCUUACUACCUUUCUCGGAACUUGAAGCAGCAAGCCGACAUCAUCUUUAUGCCGUACAAUUACUUGUUGGAUGCCAAGAGUCGCAGGGCACACAACAUUGACCUGAAGGGGAUGGUUGUGAUCUUUGACGAAGCUCACAACGUGGAGAAGAUGUGUGAGGAGUCGGCGUCCUUCGAUCUGACCCCCCAUGACAUGGCUUUGGGGCUGGAUGUCAUAGACCAGCUUUUGGAGGAGCAGACCAAGGUGGUGCAGCAGGGUGAGCCCCACCCAGCGUUCAGUGUGGACUGCACCAGCUCAG